GGUGUUCACACAGGGGGAAAAAACCCGUGGAGGGCUAUUAAGUGCUGAGUAGCUAUAGCUUAUUGAGACUAAUAAGAUGCCGAGUCUGUCGUCUGAUACUCAGAAAAAAGGGGUCUCUCCGAUCGCAGAGUUCUAUCGCGGAAAAAAUGUCUUCAUUACCGGAGCAACCGGUUUCAUUGGAAAGGUCCUUGUUGAAAAGUUGCUUCGUUCAUGUUCAGGUGUUAAAAACAUCUACGUCUUAGUUAGAGCUAAGAAAGGAAAAGAGCCAUGCCAAAGGGUGGAGGAGUUAUUGAAUGCUAAGAUUUUCGAGCAGAUAAGAACGGAUAACCCAACCUGUUUAUCCAGAGUAAUUCCCAUUGCUGGGGACAUCACCCUACCAGACCUGGGGAUCAACAACGCCGAUCGAGCGACAUUGAUAGAGAAUGUGUCUAUUGUCUUUCAUUCGGCUGCUACUGUUCGGUUUGAAGAACCGUUAAAGAAAGCUGUAGAUAUGAACAUUUUAGGAACAAGACGGAUUAUUCAGCUUUGUCACAAGAUGCCGCUGUUAGAGGCACUUAUCCAUGUGUCUACGGCAUAUUGCAACUGUAAUCAAAAGGAAAUCGACGAAAUUGUCUACCCAGCUCCUGUUGACCCCCAGAAACUAAUAGACACUGUUACUUGGAUGAAUGAAUCUCUGGUUGAUGACAUCACACCUCAAUUGCUUGGCGAUAAACCUAACACCUAUACGUUUACUAAAGCACUUGCAGAGACCCUUCUAGUGGAAGAAUGUGGAAGUCUUCCUGUAGCAAUAGUUCGACCUUCGAUAGUAACAGGAGCCUGGAACGAACCACUAAUUGGAUGGGCAGACAACUUCAAUGGACCAGCUGGAAUGAUUGUUGCUACAGGGAAGGGCAUGUUGAGAUCUAUGAUGUGUGAAAGCAGUAAAAUCAGCGAUCUAAUUCCCGUGGAUAUUGUCAUAAACUUGAUGAUAACUGUCGCUUGGCACACCUCAAUUCACAGACACAACGAGCUAAAGGUGUACAACUGUACUUCAGGCUCUUUGAAUCCUGUUAAGUGGAAAGCCUGGGUAAUGUACGUUUUGCCAGCACUGAAGAAAUAUCCUAGUGGUCAAAUAUUUCGUUCUCCUGGAGGCACUUUUAAAACAAAUCAUCAGUGGAAUAGUAUUUGCCAAUUUUUUCAACAUCAUAUACCUGCACAUGCAAUGGAUAUUUUAGCUAAACUUUCUGGACAGAAACCAAAGAUGGUAUGGCUGUACUCAAAGAUUCACCGAGCAGUUAACUCUUUAGAAUAUUUCACCAUGAGAGAGUGGAUCUUUCACUGCAACAAUGUCCUAAAUCUUUCUCAUCAACAAAUUGGACAAGACAAAGAGGAAAUACUGGAUCAGCCAGACUGUCAGUUUCACAUUGAUACUAUUCUUAUUGAGACUGGUCUUUACCCGCUCAGUCAUUGCCCGUGACGUGUGGUAUUUUCUGUUGGCACUUUUGAACCGUUCUCCUGUGAACAGGCCACAAUCCAAACGAUUCAAGAUCUAACCUUGUAAAGUGUGAAGUGACGCAUCCAAUACAACCAAUGUCAGAGUGAACUAAUUUAAUGGUAGACUUUUUUUUUCUUCUUUUUUUGUAAAUUAAUGGAACUUUCGUUAAUUUAUUCGAGACAAAGAAAAAGAAAAGAACUGACAACAUUGAUUGUUCCUUAACGAUUCACUAAUGAUGUUCGUCUGUUGCUUAACAACACAAUAAUGUUUUUUUCAACUAUCUCUUCACAGCAAUUAUUACGGUUUAAGCGCUUAAAACUGACGAAUUACUGGAAACCAAUAAGCCUAAAAAUUAUUAUAAAUAUCAAGUAAACUGCAGGGUUGUUUUUGUUUGUUUUUUUCACGUUUCCAUUAAUUUGUCAAUUGCAACUCAAAAUUAGAGGUGUAUAAAAUUAACAUUUCAGAUCUAUCUGCCAAAGAAUCUUUUCAUUCAGUACCAAAAUUCAUCAGCUGUGCUGAACGAUCAGAUAAAAAAUAACACCAAUUUAUGUUUAAGUUAUAACACUUUAAAAGUUGCGGUUUAAAUGUUAUUUUUGAUUUUGAACCGCACUGUGCAACUUAACAGGGAUUUUGGGAAAAACAUCUACACUUAACUUGGCUUUUAUAAGACAGCAAUUUGUUUUUGGUUGCUGCUUCGUUACACAUCCGUUUUAAUUUUUAUAUAUUUUAUUCUCAUACUAUUAAAUUGUUCUUCUCAGGUUUCGAUAAGAAAGUACAAUAUUAAUUCUUAUGUUUCGGUGUAAAUAUAAAUAUAGUUAGUGUAACACUAGAUAUUUUCGCUAAAACUAACGAUUGUAUAAGUUUUGCUAAAAUGUAUGACUAAAAAUGACAUUUGGUUUGGUGUUUAGUGUGUAGAAUUUUGAAAUAUAUGUCUUUACCACGGAGUGUUAGCUUUAUCCUUCGUGUGUUGUAAUGUAUAGAUUACUUUCUUUCAGCAAGCUUGCUGUAUAUAAAACACAGUACGAAAUAUUUACAUCACAAUAACAAGUAUAAACUAAGUCGAACAUGAAAUCGAACCUUCAUCCUGCUUACAAAAGCUCAAUCUUGUGUAUAACAACUUCUCCUGAUGCUAAAUGUUGAAGUGCUCCUAGUGUGAAGUCUUAUAACGAUAAAAGAUAACUCAUUGUAUAUAUUUGUGAUUAACAAAAAAAAAUCAAUUUUUUAAUUCCUUGUUUAUAUAUGCUACAUGUCCUCUGUUCUUUGGUAUAUAUUUUUGAACUUUGUGAAAACUUUCUUAUAUCAUGUAGAUUAUAAACAAAUGCGUGUAAUG